AUGGGCGUCACCGUGGACAAGCACGGCGCGCGGCGGCAGCUGGCGUCGAUGGGCACCGUGAACCUGACGCCCGGCGACAACCUGCCCCAGGCGCGGCGCGUGACGGGCGCCCUGCGCAUGAUCUCCGUGGACGUGCACGCGGAGCGGGCGCGGGCCGAGCGCCUCGAGCGGUCGCGGGCGCGGCUGACGCGGAGCGUGGCGCCCGUCGUCGACGGGUUCCUGCUGCUCGAGGCCUGCGGCGUCGAGUUCCCCGACGAGGGCCACCGCGCGGACGUGUCCGGCUACGCGGCGUCGAGCGUCUCCGAGACGGACCUCGAGUACUUCCCGCGGCUCGCGACGCUGGACUGCAGCGACAACUGCCUGCCGCUGGCGCCCUUCGGGAAGCUGCCGCGUCUCAAGGAGCUGCGCUUCGCGGCGAACGGGCUCGAGCGCUUCGACUGGCCCCAGGGGUCUUCCGCGUGGCAGCGGCUCCAGGUCCUGGAUUUAUCGUACAACGCGCUGGGCGUCCAGGCCGUGACGAACCUCGCGGGCAUGCCCCAGCUCCGGGAGCUCGACCUCACGGGCAACGGCCUGCGGUCCCUGCCGACGCACGAGGAGUUCGGCAAGUUCCCCGCGCUGGAAAGGCUGUCGCUCGAGCGGAACAAGCUCGGGGGCGACGCGCAGGACGACUGCGGCAACGUGUGUGCUCUCAGUGGGUUGACGCGCCUGCGCGAGCUGUCCCUCGCGCACAACAAGCUCACGGGCUUCCCGACGCUCGACGCGGUCGCCGAGGCGACGAAGGUCUCCGAGACCGCGAUCUUCGUCGAACUCGUCGCUUUGAACCUCGCCUGGAACAAGAUCCACACGGAGGGCGACGUCAUGGGUCUGACGCUACUCCCGAAGCUCGAGCACCUCGCGCUCUACGGGAACCCGCUGCUGGGGCCCGCGAAGGAGGACGCGAGCGGAGGGAGCGUGCGCAACUUCGCGGAGUGCGCGGCGGACGCGCGCGACGGGUGGACGGACCGGCUCCUCGAGGUGUCGACGGAGGUGCCGCGGCGGCGCGCGCCGCGGGGGUCCAUGGCCGCGGCGACGAACGCGCGCGGCGACCGCCGCUUCCGCAACGUGUCGCUGACGCGCGUGCCCGAGCCGCCGAUCCCGACCGCGGCCGAGUUCCGCGCGCGCGGCAACCGCGCGCUCCUCGACAAGGCGUCCCAGGACUCCAUCUCGCGGAGCGGCACCUGGGACUCGAACCGCGGCGUCGGCGACUUCUACCCGCCGCCGGCGCCGGCGACGGCGGGCCAGCCGUCGACGCGGGGGCCGACGGCCGGCGUCGCGGACGACGGCAUGUUCCUGACGGCGUUGGACGACGUCGACGACCUGAGCCGCGCGGAGGCCGAGGAGAUUUUGGCGGAGCACGGCGACGACGACCCCCUGGUGCGGCCGUCGACGCUCAUGGCGCGCGCCAUCGAGCCGGACCGGCGGAGCGACCCGGGCAAGCUCCGCGCGGCGCUCAACGCGCUCAAGUUCGCGCUCGACCACCCCGUGACGUCGCACACGACGGCCGCGCCGACGCACCGCGGGGGGCUCGUGCCCUACGCGAACCGGCCGACGAAGGCCUACCUCAACCGGAAGCUGCCCCGGCGGCCCUACCAGCUCAAGGAGAAGCCGGGCGAGUCCGCGCUCCGCGACGCGGACGCCGCCAAGCGCCGCGCCGCCAACGUCAUGCAGACCAACGCGCUCCACGAGAUCGGCUCCGUCCUCGACCAGAUGAACCACAACGUCCUCCAGGCCGCGACGGAGUUCGACGACGACGAGAGCCAGGGCACGCUGACGAGCCUGAAGUAG